AAAACAUCAAUCAUAAUAUGGCAGUAGUAUUUUCUUGUUGGUUGUAUUCCUUUCUUUCUUGUCACCUUAUGAUCCUAUCUCAAGCCAAAGCCAAGCCACCAACUGUAUAAUGUGACAACAACGAAGGGAACUACACACGAUAGCGCCUAUCACCAAUCUCUACACCCUUUUAACCACUCUAUCUUCCAACACAAAUCAACUAUGGUUUGUACAACUUCUUAUAUGGUCAAAACCAAGACAAAGUAAACGCCAUUGGGCUCUACAGAGGAGAUCUUAAGCCACAUGAGUGCCUUAAUUAGUUGUCUCAAUUAUUCCAGAGGCAAUCUCACGCACAGCGUUGUCCAAACCAAAAAGAGGGAAUUAUGUAUUAUGACAAAUUCAUGUUGCGCUACUCAAGCCGCUUAAUAUUUGGCGUCAUGAAACCUAACCCUGCUGUUUACCUCGUCAACGUAAACAAUGAAACUGAAGUGGACCAGUUCAAUCAAGUGCUCGGGAACUUAAUGAGUAACCUCAAAGACGAAGCUUCAUUGGGUUACUCUUAUCGUAAGUAUGCUACGGAUAAUGCAACUGCUACAAAUUUUCAAACACUAUAUGGUAUGGUGCAGUGUACUCCUGAUUUGUCUCAGCAAGAUUGCUUUGAUUGCUUGGAUAGGGCUAUCUCACAAAUCCCAAAUUGUUGUAAUGGCAAGAUAGGUGGUAGAGUUCUUACUCCGAGUUGUAGUAUUAGAUACGAAAAUUACAGCUUCUACGAACCUACGCCAAUGUUAUGCCCACCAUCCACACUGAAUACUUCGUCCACCAAUAGCACUUCUUCACAAGGAAACAGCAACGCUGCAUCACGAACUGUCCCCGUAAUUAACUCUGCCACUUGUUAUCGUUGGUAUGGUGCUCAGUUUUAUCUGAAAGCACUAAAAUGCUGACUACAACGUUUUUUAUACCCAAACCGAACUACAAAAAUGCUGACUACGAUUUGCAUAACGCAAGCACCAGUUGGAAAGUUUAGAUGGAAG